AUGACGCAACUAGAUACAUCCAACCCUCCAUCCGACAUCCUCAACGAUCAUACAUCUAGCAAAUCUAAUACAGUCAACAUCUGCCCCUCGAAGAUCGGAAAUCAGAUAUGGUAUUAUCCCAGAUUCAACCGAGUUCUAAAGAAAGGUCCGGAAGUGAAGGUCUCGGAAGCUGAUGCCAUGCGCCUCCUGUCCUCAAAAACACGGGUGCCGGUACCCCAGGUCUAUGCUUCAUUUGAAAAGGAUGGAAGGGGAUAUAUCAUUAUGGCUAUGGCUGAGGGACAACCGCUGUGGAAGAUGUGGGACAGCAUAGACGAAGGGAAAAAGCAAUACCUUAUUGAUCAGCUCUCUACAUAUGUCCAAGAUUGGAGACGUUUGUCUGCCGACUAUUACGGAUCCGUAGGCUCUGGGCCAUGCGGAGAUGUAUUUUUUCAACACCUUCCAGCCAUUGGUAAAUCAGAACGAACUUUCGGCCCUUAUGCAUCCCGGAGCGAGUACAAUGAGGGUCUGAUAGAGGCACUGAGAAAUGCUAGGCCAGAUGGGAUCUGGGGUGAAGAGGAGCAGUCCCUUGCCGACCGCAUUAGAUCUCUUGUUGGUGAGCAAAAAACCUUUUCGCAUGGCGAUUUAUAUCCAGACCAUAUUUUCGUCGACAACAAUUUUACCAUUACUGCUAUCAUAGAUUGGGGGGCAUCGGGUUUCAGUAUUCCAGAAAGGGAGGCAUUCGAAGCAACGUCCCGUGAUAAUCAUCCGAUAUGGAUUGAGAUCGCAGAAGCAGCGCUGCCUCAUAUGAAGCGUGAAGACUAUAUAUUCUAUGAUGAGUUCAACGAAGCAUUGAGACUAUAUAGUGGAAUCUAG